GUUGGGUUGGGGGUAAACCCGCCUUGCAGCCGUGAUUACAACGAAAAACAAGUCAAGUCAGCGUUGCCGAAUUCCGGCAGCCUAACUAGUUCUACCAGGGGGGUUAUGUAUGCUUCUUAAAUCGUUGAGUGGACAUGGAAAAUGUCACCAAUCAGUUCGGGGUUGGAUGAUCUAUUUGGGUGUUAGUUAUGGGGAACAUGGAUAUCUCGCAACCCCAUGAAUAAAAGCUUAUGUCCUGCUUUGCGCUCACAGCUGGCGAGUUGAUGAUGAUUUUUUGGGGGAUUCUCGUAUUAAGGCUGUGAUGAUAUACAUACCUACUACCAUCGGGACCUCUUAAUAAAUAAUGAGUAUAUGUCAGUUGAGGAUAUAAAUCGAUCGAAUAUCGUGACUAUACAGCACUCAUUCGUUCAGACCUGGGAGAAUCUGAACAGUUAUCUAAAAUCCAGCAAACUCGAAAGAAAAUACAUUUUGGCUGGGUACCUAGUACCCCCAACACAUCAUCACCAUGUCAGCGCCCACCGGUAAUCUUCCAAACAACGCGCGCGUCUCUGCCUUCCACAGAUUCACUCAGCCCGCACUCACCAGCAGGAGCCGCGCGAUGGAGGGGGGAGAAGGACAGCCGUCGUGGCGGUCACCCCACCACGCGACGUGGAGCACGGCCAAGUUCGCGCUGCGGGUGGUAUCGGCCAUCGUCGCCGUCGCCCUGGUCUUCGUGUCUGCCGUCGGGUUCGCCGCGCCCCCGGGGUUUAACUCGUAUCCCAUUAUGGGGCUCGCGCUGGCGGCAGCAACCCUCCUCUACAACAGCGGCCAAUUCAUCGCCAUGUGCGUGCGGCGCAGCAAGUCCGAGGCCGGGCGUCCCGCCGUGUCCCUCGGCCUCGAGCUCGUGCUCGCCUCCGGCGGCUUCGCCAUGUCCGGGCUGAUCAUCGCCUACACGAGCGACGUGUGGCGGUGGAGCGAGUACUACAACGACCCCGCCGGCAGCAACGACAACGGGGGCGCCGGCGGGAACCCGGAUGGCGGCGAUGAUGGCACUCCCCCGGACUCCAGCUACGUCGACCAUGACGGGUACGCGUGGUUCGCGAAGUCGGUUGCCGCGUGUUUUCUGGCGUCGGCUUUGUCCCUAAUCCACUUCGUCCUCUUCGUCCGCGCCUGCGUCGAAGUCAGCCGGCAACGGCAGGCUCGCAAAGAAGCUGCCAAGCCCGCAAGCCCGCCCCCGCCACCGGCAUGGCAAGGAGCCAGAUCCGAUGCUGCCGAUGACGCCAACGCGCCCGUACUAACAUCGUCGUCGCCGUCGUCGCAAGCCAAGGCCAAGAAGUGUGGCGGUGAUGGUGGUGAUAGCGUCAGCGCUCGGAGGGAUCAGACACCGCUAGGGAAGAACCCUGGAACAGAAGACGCUGGCGCAAGACUUGGGUAGUAGCGGGGGCGUUGAGGAAAUGGAAGAGGAAAAUUAAAAAAGAGAAAAACAAAAAUUGAAAGAUCGCAUUAGUUAACCUCGUGGGAUAGGUAGGUAGACUUCUGAGCGAUCGUGUUCUGGUAUGGAAUACUACAAAGUAUAAAUACUAGGUAGGUAAUGAAUGAUGCCUAGGUAGCCCUGUCUCAAUAAUGUAUAAUCAAUCC